GCUCUCUAUCUCGGUCUCUGCAGUCGCACACUCUGCAGACUUGGCCGUGUCGGAGCGGACGCCUCUGGGGGAGCGAUGAGGAAGGAGAACAGGGUCACUCGAUGGAUCUGUUGGAUUGUGGUUGUGACCGCUUUGUUUUUCCUGGGUUUCACCAUAGGCUGGUUUGCGAGGCCCCAACAUCACAGCCCUGAAAACAACGGCCGCUUCGACGAGCACCUGAAGGAGUUUCUGAAUGAAAUGCAGUCAGACCAGAUCAGAGAGCAUCUCAGGAAGUUUACUCGACUCCCUCAUCUGGCCGGAACCGAGCAAAACCUGAAAUACGCAGAGCAGAUCAAGACAGAGUGGCAGGAGUUUGGCUUGGACUCCGUGGAGAUGGUGCCGUACGACGUCCUGCUGUCAUAUCCCAACAAAACGCAGCCCAAUUACAUCUCCAUAGUGGAUCCUCAUGGCAACGAGGUUUUUAAUACUUCCUUGGCUGAACCAGUGCCUGAGGGAUAUGAAGGUGUCUCUGACAUCGUGCCUCCGUACAACGCCUUCUCUGCAAAGGGACAACCUGAGGGGGACUUGGUGUAUGUGAACUAUGGUCGAACAGAGGACUUCUUCCAGCUGGAGCAGGAGAUGAAAAUUAAUGCAACUGGAAAGAUUGUCAUUGUCAGAUAUGGAAAAAUAUUCAGAGGCAACAAGGUGAAAAACGCUGUGUUAGCGGGAGCAAAGGGCAUCAUCAUGUUCACAGACCCAGCUGAUUACUGGGCCACGGGCGUCAAGCCGUACCCCGACGGCUGGAACCUGCCCGGCGGAGGGGCCCAGAGGGGGAACGUCCUGAACCUGAACGGAGCAGGAGACCCGCUCACACCCGGGUACCCGGCCAAAGAAUACGCCCACAGACUGAGCCCGGACCAAGGCGUGGGCCUCCCCAGGAUCCCCGUGCAUCCCAUCGGCUUCCAUGACGCCGUUCGCCUGCUAGAGAACAUGGGAGGACCCACCCCUCCCAACAACUGGAAAGGAGCUCUGAAUGUGUCCUACAGGAUCGGCCCGGGCUUCGCGGGCGACUUCACCAGCCAGAAGGUGCGUAUGAACAUCCACACUAACAACCAGGUCACCAGGAUCUAUAACGUCAUUGGAAGGAUAAGAGGAGCUCUGGAGCCGGACAGGUAUGUGAUUCUGGGAGGACACAGGGACGCCUGGGUGUUCGGAGGCAUCGACCCCAUGUCUGGAGCUGCCGUCGUCCACGAAAUAGUGAGGAGCGCAGGCCGACUGCUCAGCAAAGGGUGGCGGCCAAGAAGGACCAUAAUAUUUGCCAGCUGGGACGCUGAGGAGUUUGGACUUCUGGGAUCCACAGAGUGGGCAGAGGACAACGCCAAGCUGCUGCAGGACCGAGCUGUGGCCUACAUCAACGCAGACUCUGCUAUAGAAGGCAUGUACACGCUGAGAGUUGACUGCACCCCGUCUCUGCACACGCUGGUGUAUGACAUCACCAAGCAGAUAGCCAGUCCUGAACAGGGCGAGGAGCUCUCUCUGUACGACAGCUGGCACAGGAGGGACAACUGGACCAAUGACCGCGACGCACCCAGGAUCAGUAAACUGGGCUCCGGCAGUGACUUCGAGGCCUAUUUCAUCCGUCUGGGAAUCGCUUCGGGCAGAGCGAGGUACACCAAGAACCAGAGAACAGAGAAGUACAGCAGCUACCCCCUGUACCACAGCGUGUACGAGACCUUCGAGGCCGUGGAGAGGUUCUACGACCCGUCCUUCAGGAGGCUCCGGGCGGUGGCCCAGGUGAGGGGCGGGCUCAUCUUCCACCUGUCGGACUCUCAGCUCCUCCCCCUGGACGUGGUCGAGUACGCGGACGCUCUGGGGAAGUACGCGUGGAGCAUCUCACAGCUGGCGCAGCAGCACCGGGACGCCAUGGAGACGUACGGAGUGUCGUUCAAUUCUUUGUUUUCCGCCGUGGAGAACUUCACUGUGGCAGCGAGGGGUUUGCAUGAGCGCCUGCAGACCCUCAACACAGCAGAUUCUCUGCAGGUUCGUGUCAUGAACGAUCAGCUCAUGUACCUGGAGAGAGCCUUCAUUGACCCCCUGGGUUUACCUGGAAGACCCUUCUACAGACACGUGAUCUUUGCUCCCAGCAGUCAUAACAAAUACGCGGGCGAGUCGUUCCCGGGGAUCUACGACGCGCUGUUCGACAUUAAGAACUCGGCGGAGCCUCACAAGUCCUGGGAGGAAGUCAAGCGUCAGAUCAGCGUCGCGGCGUUCACCGUUCACGCCGCUGCGAUGACUCUAAUGCCGCCUGCAUGAAACGGAGACUGUUCGGCUGUUCGUUAGAGGACAGCGGUCAGAGAGUGGACACUGCUGCACGUGCGACGGACAUCAAGCCAAUACAGGAAAACGCUCGGCUUGUGGUUUGAUGGAUAGAAUCAUCACGUGGUCACGAAACGAAUAAUAUCUUGUAAAAAUAAAAUUAUACAAAACUAAGGAGGUGAAUUAAGUUAAGGAAGUGUUCACAGCAACAAUGAAGAAGCACAAAGAUGAAGUAAAUUAUAAAGGCGGCUACUUCUCGACGGAUGCAUUUAACUCCACACACAGAGAGUUGUCUUUGUGUAACAUAAACCUUAUAAAUACACUUUUUUUAAAGUUUGCCAGAUGUUGAAUCAGUCGAGUGGCUUCAGGCGUCUUCUCUGCAGUCACCACAAGAGGGAGCCAAAUCACCUUAUUGGCUUCAACGUGUUAACGUUAUACUGUACGUCCACCAUCUUUGAAGGAGAAAUUAGGGGAAGUGCACUUGGACUCGAUGGACUUCGGACAAUCGUACCAAUAGAGCACAGGCCUGUGUGUUCUGCUGCUGUCAAAUGAGCCUGUUUCUACUGGAAGGUUCUUUAUUAAUGGGGGUUUCCAGUGAUGUACUGGUUAUCACUGUUUCCCCACUGGCCCUGGUUCGAUCUCAGCAUCAUCCUGGUUCCUUUGUGUGAGGAGUCUACAUGCCUGACUCUGCUUUCCUCCCCUUGUCCUCUUUACUGCAUGAGUGAGACAAUCAAACUACUAACAUUUAAUGAUAACGAGCAACUAACAACGAACCAGGCACAAAGUACCAGGUUGGAGUAAACACUGAACACUGAGUUCAGGAGGAUGUGGUUUUUUUGGUGGUCCAUUGAGCAACAGAAAACCAGGAAAUGUGGCAGGCAAGGAGUGUGACGGGUAAACAGAGAUUGUCAAAUAUAUUUACACGCUCACUGAGAGGCCAUUAUAUUUGUGACUAAACAGUCUCAGACACUGUGUCUCUCUGAUUGUGGAUUUGAAUUUAAACCAGGAUGUUGUUUCCUGUCUAUGGUGGAGAAAAAUCCUUGCACGAACCCGAAUCCAGCUUGAUAUUAUGAAAUACAUGAUGGGGUUUGUCAUUCUCAACAUACAGUAACGCAACCUGCUGCUGCUGACCUCUGACCUCUGACCCCUUCGGAGGCUGCAGCUGAGCUGUAACCCAGCACCCACUUACUGUACUGUAGCUCCUGGGUUCCACUGAAUGAAGACACUGUUUACAUCCUCCUCCUCAAAUAAAGCAUUUAUCACCUCUAUAGGCA